AUGACAACAAUAGCUGUGUACAUUUCUGGUGAAAUACCCAAGCUAUAUGUUGAUGGCUUACUACCAUCAGGACUGCAAGUAGAGACUGGGUAUUUGCUCAACAUUAACGAAGUUCAACGACAAGAUGGGGGUGUUUACCAGUGUACAGCUUCAAACGGAAUAGGCCAGCCAGUCACUGGUGAAAUAAAAUUGCACGUGUUAUAUCCACCGGAAGUUAGCGUGCUACGCUCUUGGGUCAAUUCAGGAGAGGGUCUGGAAGCCAGGCUGGAUUGCGUGGUACACGCAGAUCCCCCAGCGGAGGUGACAUGGUACCAAGACUCAUUCCAGUUACAACCUACUGACAGAAGAUUAAUGGCCAGAAAUAUUCAAACUUACAGUCUCACUAUAAAGAACGUCCAGCUUUCCGACUUUGGAAACUACAGCUGCUUGGUAUCAAAUUCCAUAGGAAGGGAUAAACGAUACAUUGAGUUAUCGGGAAAGCCUGGACCUGCAAAAAUUAUAAGUUCACAACAUUCAAAUCCUACGGAAUACAACCUAAAAUGGGUUGUUCAAUCUGUCUUUCCCAUUGUAGAAGUUAGAAUUCUCUACAGAAGAGUGAUGGUUAAUACAUCUUAUCAUCAUCCCCGACAGUGGCACGAUCUUCUAGUGAAACCCAGCCAAACCUACAAUCCUUCAACCAGCGAGAGGACCCAGUGGUAUCGGUUGCAUAACCUGCAACCGGAUUCGGCAUACGAAUGUCUCAUACAGACCAAAAACCAACACGGCUACGGCGAACUGAGCGAUUUGCACCAGUGGUUUACAUCUCCUAAAGGCAGAUUUAUAGUUCAAAAUAAAGGAAGUACUAGGACUUCUAGUACUUCGAGAUUUUAUUACGGGACAAUCGCAGUACUAUGGAUAGUGAUGUUAAAUUGUUAAUAGGGACUUUUAUAAAGCAGGGUGAUUGUUGUGUGUACAUUUUAAAUAGUACAGGAUCAAUUUCAAAAGAUGUUUAAAAACAAUAAUAUCGCUAUAAGCGUUGAUUAAAGAAAUAAGAAGAUGCGCAACCUUAUGGGCGAUUUCGUGACUCAAAACCUGUCCAAGAUUUAGUUUAGCUCUGCGCUGCUGCGCGCCGAUAGUGGUUUACAGCACAGCGGAUAAAGAAUACUGUACCGUAGACCGUAGUUCUGCUUUCAGUCGACAGAGUGGGUGGUUGCUGGAGACAGUGUUGGCAGAAAUACGGAUUAAUCGGUAGAUUUACGGAUUUUGGGUACAGUACAUUAAUAAUACGGAUUUUCUAUCAUUAAACAAGUUAAUAUAUAUCGACGGCGUCACGACAAAAGGGCGUAAGCGCCAUUCGUCAUUUUUUUCAGAAGACGAAAAAAACGUCUAAAAUCUAUAUU